AUGAGCACCAUGAGAUGCUUUGAGCCAAAGUGCAAACGUGAAGUUGAAUUUUUAUGCGAAUGUGCCUCACCUGCCACUUAUUUUUGCAAAAAACAUAUAGGGAACCAUUGCGGAUCUAGCAGCAAUCCACAUAAUAUCAGCUCAAUUUUUGUAGAGCCUGUUGAAGGCACAAAAGAAGCAAUCCUUAGUUUUCUUGCAGAAGAAAAGUCAAAAAUUGAAGAAAUGAGGGCAAAUAUAAUCGCUUCCUUUACUCAAACUCUUUGUAGUUAUGAAAACAUUUUAGAGCAAGUUCUAAAAGAAAUCGAUUCUGAUUCUACGAAAAUUGGCAGCUAUGUCGAAAAAAUUAGGCAACCACAAAAAUUAUCGAGAAUAGAGCAAGAUCCAACUUUAAAUUUGUUGGUUUUGCAGUCAAAUGAAGCUAUUGAAAAAGCUAAAGCAAUUUUUACAGUCAUAUCAAGUAAUAAUAUUAGGUUGUUUUGUGAAAAAAGAAAACAAAUUGAUGCUAUUAUCGAGAGCUUUCACAAAGAAAAACCCAAAGUUAUUUCACAAGAGGUGCGUUUUGAAUUGAAAACCACUUAUAUGAAUUUUGAGAAGGAAGGGGAGAAUUUAGACUCAGCAUUAAGUAAGUAUAUAGAAGCUAUUAGAACUCAUCCAAAUGAUGCGAUUUUUGAGUUUUUUUAA